UGUUAUAAUUCUUAGAAAUGACCUUGAGUAAACGUGGUGUUUUACUCCCAUCCUUAUCAGCUACAGCGUGGUUUUAUUUAGGUUAGCGGUAGGGUGCACCGUAUAUAAAGCCAGCGGUGCACCAGUUGACGCAUUCUUGUGUAGAACUCCGAACGGUGAAGACCAUUUACGAGCAAUACCACGUGCAUUACUAAAAAAAAUCGCAAUAUACAAUGGAAUAUUCUACUAAUUCCUCCUCCUUGCGAAGUGGCGCUGAGCCACAACAACAACGGUGCCGACGCUGUGAUGGUAGAUGCGGACAUUCUGUGUCCACCACCAGCAGCAACACUGUGGAACGAGUCCUGGUGAGACAGCGAGUCGGACUCACGGAGUACGGAGGAGGACCCUCCCGGUCCCGGACCCCACCGCCGCCAUAUUCUGUCCCGGCGCCGCAAGUCGAUGCUCCGGCGCCGCAAGUCAAUGCUCCGGCGCCGCAAGUCAAUGCUCCACCACCGCCAUUAUAUUUUUAUUUAAUUGACAUAAUUUUGAAUAUUUUCAUAUUUCAAAUAUACAAUAUGUAUUUUAAUUAA